GCGUUGAAUUAUUGCAACAACAGGUAAUGAUGCUGCGCUACAAGUGGGUAGCAAUAUUUUGUUCGCACCUCUGCCGAAUCAAGACACCGGCGGCGGUAUACGUUUUUUCUGUCUAUCUACCCGCAUUCAGUGGCAAUGUUUGCAUUAGUGCUGUUAGUGCUCUUAGUGACACCAUCGUAUUCAUUUGGAUUCUGGCCGUUAGUGAGAUCAAAAGACCAAAAAGUAUUACCACGGUUCGCCAAUGCAAAGCAAGGAUUCGGCAAUACGUUGGUUGGAAAUACCAACCAACAAAACAGCUCUCCAGGGAGCAGCACAGUUGCCACACCACCCGAAGUCAACUACGACUUCAUGUUCGUUAGUGAUGUAGAAUCGCGGAUAGAUAAGACGGAAGACUGCAAUCCUGAUUACCCUAUCUGUACCAAUGUAAUAGACUAUCCGCAGCAGUUGGUGAAUGACAUCAUCGCUCGACAGGAGUAUCGUUUUGCUGAAGUGUUUGGUGACGACGUGGUGAUAGACAACGACGAUACUUUGGAGAAGCGGUUUGACACAUCCGAUGAUGAGUUUCUUUGCACGAGCAUUGAAAAAUUAGUGCACCCUCAGAGUGGAUAUACAAUUCAUAACAAGCUGGUGAUGAUAGUAAAUACUCCGAGCUAUAUGCAGGGAGUGCGAAUAGAAACGUGCAGAAACCCUGGCAAGGCUUGCCAUAAACUAGAGCACCUCGUAUCGUUGUACUCGACAGAAUGCAAGCAAUUGUAUCAUUACAGGACUUUAUUAGCUUUCGACGCAUUGACCAAGCAACCUUACAAAGAAUCAUUUCGAUUACCAUCCUGCUGUAAGUGCGUCAUAAAACCGUUACAAAGGUUACAUUUAUGAAUAAGUAAUUCACGAUGCGUGAAAAAAUGUUUGAAGGUUGUUAAAAUUCUGUAUAUAACUGUGUUGGAAUGUUUUAAUAAAUAUAAAUGAAAA